GCCCAGCUCUGAAAGAAUCGGGGCCCCUCUGGCCCUCACCCACCCCGAGAGGGGCCUUCGGCUUUGGGGCACAGGGGCAGGGCCACUGGGGAGGGGCGAAAGGCGGGCUCCCCCUUCCCUCACUCCCCCGCUCCUUCGCCGCCUCCAGCCUCCCGCGGCGGGAAGCGGGGGACUGGCUGCGGCUGGAGUCCGGAGGCGAGGGGAGGCCGGCCGCAACUUCCCCAGUCCACCUUAAGAGGACGAUGUAACCGGCUCGCGGCGCUGACCUUAGAAAAACAAGUUUGCGCAAAGUGGAGCGAGGGGCCCGGGCUCUGGGCAGCCCCGGCGGCUCUUCCACCGUCUCGCAGCCCUCGCCGGCCCGGCGGCGCAGCCGCGGCCCAUGGAGCCCGCCCGCCCGGCCCCCGGCCGCCUCAGGCCGCUGCUCUGCCUGCUGCUCGCUGCGUCCAGCGCCUGGUCAGGAGUGGCAGGUGUGAACGAGCUGCAGGUGAUUCAACCUGACCGGUCAGUUUCAGUUGCAGCAGGAGAGACGGCCACUCUGCACUGCAAAGUGACCUCCCUGCUCCCCGUGGGGCCCUUCAAGUGGUUCAGGGGCACAGGGCCAGGCCGAGAGUUAAUCUACAGUCUCAAAGGAGGCCCCUUCCCUCGAGUAACAAGUGUUGCAGAUACUACAAGGAGAAACAACACGGACUUUUCCAUCCACAUCAGUAACAUCACCCCAGCAGACACCGGUAUGUACUACUGUGUGAAGUUCCAGAGAGCAACCCCUGACGUGGAGGUUAAGUCUGGACCAGGCACUCAUCUCGCUGUGAGUGCCAAACCCUCUCCUCCUGUGGUAUCAGGCCCUGCAGUGAGGGUCACACCUGAGCAGACAGUGAGCUUCACCUGCAAAUCCCACGGGUUCUCCCCCAGAAACAUCUCCCUGAAAUGGUUCAAAAAUGGCAAUGAGCUCUCAGCCUCCCAGACCAACGUGGAACCAGAGGGAAACAACGUUUCCUACAGCAUUUCCAGCACAACCAAGGUGGUGCUGGCCCAGGGGGAUGUUCGCUCCCAGGUCAUCUGCGAGGUGACCCACAUCACCCUGAAGGGAGACCCUCCUCUUCGUGGGACAGCCAACUUGUCUGAGACCAUCCGAGUUCCGCCUACCUUGACGAUUACCCAACACCCCACGGCGGGGAACCAGGUGAAUGUCACCUGCCAGGUGAACAAGUUCUACCCCCAGCGCCUACAGCUGACCUGGUUGGAGAAUGGAAAUGUGUCCCGAAUAGACAUGACCUCGACCCUCAUAGAGAACAAGGACGGGACCUUUAACUGGACGAGCUGGCUCCUGGUGAACUCAUCUGCCCACAGGGAGGCUGUGCUGCUCACCUGCCAGGUGGAGCAUGACGGACAGCCGGCGGUCACCAAAAACCAUACGCUGGAGGCCUCUGCUCCCCAGAAGAACCAGGAUGCAGACGAACCUCUGGACAAGGCUGACAACUGGAACAGUAUCUUUAUCGUGGUGGGCGUAGUGUGUGCCCUGCUGGUGGCCCUGCUGAUCGCUGCCCUCUACCUCCUCCGAAUCAGACAGAAGAAAGCGAAGGGCUCCACUUCUUCUACACGGUUGCAUGAGCCCGAGAAGAACACUAGAGAAACAACCCAGAUCCAGGACAACAACGACAUCACAUAUGCAGACCUGAACCUGCCCAAGGGGAAGAAGUCCACCCCCAAGGCCGACAAACCCAACAACCACACGGAGUAUGCCAGCAUUCAGGCCCGCCCACCACCUGUGUCCGAGGACACCCUCACCUACGCCGACCUGGACAUGGUCCACCUCAACCGGAACCCCAAGCAGCCAGCCCCCAAGCCUGAGCCAUCCUACUCGGAAUACGCCAGUGUCCAGGUCCAGAGGAAGUGAACAGGGCCGUGGCCAUCUCUAGGGUCUGUCCCCAUGAGCCUUCCUGCCCCAUUGCGGGCAGCCUUGAUGAGGACAGCCAGCCCAGUUCCUGGAGGGCCAGGGUGGAACAGGACCCAACAGUGAGGGUAGCUCUUGUCUCCCCAACCCAGCCGGCUCUCCAGCAUUUCCAGGGCAGCCAUGGCCCCUCCAUGUGGCCACACAUGGAGGCUGGUGUUGCCAGACUAGGCAGGGAACCGACCUGGGAACUGGCCAGAGCCACCAUCAGGGGUGCAAGAACUCUCAUGCCUCUGUCCAUCAACUGUGGGUCUUUGUCAUGGUCUUGGAGACCACUGACUGCCUCCUUGACACUCUGCAGCCCGAUCUUCCAGAGUGAGGAGGGAGAAAACCCACCUCCUCCUCCCAGCACCACCCACCUGGGGCUUUGGGGAAAGUUUUCCCUUUAGAUCGAACUGCCCAUCCAUGGAGAAGAAGCUGGACGCGCAUCCCGAGACUUGGUGCCGUGGCUGCCAGCAGUCCUGGCCUCCCCUCCCUGCACUGACCAGCCACAAGCCCCGGGGAGGAGAGGACCGUCUGAGGAGCUCCUCCACCACCAAGGACUGAGGGACAAAACGCCCCUCUUCUUCACGGCCCUCGAGACCUGGAGGACCUCCGACGGUGAUACUCCAUGUGGCCCCACCUCUCCCUUCCAUACCUGAGCUCGCUUCCUUCAGCAAGCACUAACUCACAACCUCUCGCUGUGGACGCCUGUAAAUUAUUGAGAAAUGUGAAAUGUGCAAUCUUGAAACUGAGGUGUUAGAAAAUUUGAUCUGUGGUGUUUUGUUCUGUAUUUUUCUUAAAACAACAGCAGUGUUAUCCUG